AAAGUCAUCGAUGCUCACCUCGCGAUGACAAUUCAAUGCCUUUUGCCCAUAAUGAGCGAACUGCCACCUUCCUCCUUUAAUGCACCGAGACCCCAGAAACCCUGCCCACUGGCCCUUCUCCGCAAACCACCGUCUCUUUCCCCUUCCUCCUCCUCUCCCUCGUCUCCAUCCAGCUCGCUUCGCCUCCUUCUCCGCCGCGCCCCGUCGUCAAAUGGCCAAUGACGCGGCCCUGAGGGCCUCCCUGGUCUGGCUGGCGGCGGCGAUGGUGGUGGUCGGGCUGUGGACGCACUCCUUCAAGAAGGCGAUGGCGACGUACGGGGCGGGCGUGCUGGGGAUCGCCGGCGUCCUCUUGCCGGACUGGGACUACUUCGACCGCGACUUCUCCAAGUGGACCACCCCGAUCAGCCCCGAGGAGAGAGCCGCCAUUGCUUCUCGGGGAUCUGGCCUCGCAAGGUUUAGAAUGUAUCCUCUUCGUUUGGCCGUGUAUACAUGUGUCUACGGAUAUGGUCUGUACAAGUGGUGGGUGUUCGUAUCCAGUUGAGUCCAGUUUCUGGAACCGCACAAUAUAAGUCUGUCCAUCGCGUGCUGCCGUGUAAAUCUCACCAAAAUCCUGUGAUAUUCGCUAUAUUCGAAGGCAACUGUGGAAAAUCAAGGUGUUGCGGCACCCGAUCCCGGUGAUAAUGUCUCUUGGAAUGGGCGGCCGGCGAAGAGGAGGCGGACUCAUUGCAGAAGCAUUUUCACCAGAUUUCUCCUGUUAUGGUGAUGAAUGAUUUUUACUUAGAUCUUUCCACUUCGAUACAGUUCUUCGUUUGACAUGUUCAGUUGAUGAUUAUAUUUUCUCCAGAAUGUUGCAUUUUUUUGUUAGGGUUAUUGGGGAAUUGAGUGAUGAACUUUGGUUUUUCUCCGUUGAUAUAUAAUAGGAGAUCCUAAUUGUAGGGCUUCAGGCAUAUUUUUUUUA